AAUUGUGUGGUGCACCUCGAAAAGAUUGAACAGCGUCAAUCAUACGUGCACAUUACAGGAACUGCAAGCGGCUACCAUGCCGUCACCUUUGGCUUUUUGGUGGACGGCAUAGUUCGUCACGUGGAUGAGAAGCAGCGCGAUUUGAAGACGUUUUUCCAAGAGGAAAUCGCUCAGCCGCAUGGUUUAUCCGUGGACAUUGGAGUGCGCAAAGAAGAAGCACAUCGUGUAGCUCGUGUGACAACGCCAUCGUUCUGGGAAUUCCUCCGUGACUGCAUCAAAAAUCCCAAAUUGAUCGCCAUGCUUGCCAUAAUGUACGCCCGUUUGGACGAGAUCGUCUGGAAAAUGCGGGACAAUACAAAGUGGCUGCUUAUCAAUUAUGACACGGUGGCCGUCAACGAUCCCGAGGUGUUGGCGCUUCCAAUGCCGGCAGUGACGGGUGUAUCGAGCGCUCCUGAUCUGUCACGACUUUUCGCGCUAGCCCUUGACGGCACCAUCCUCUCAAAUGGCACUCUUGAAACGAUCAGCUCUCCUACACUCGACAGCUGGCACCUUGAAAAAGUGACUCUCUGGCCAGUUCGAAAGGGCUAUGGAUUCUUCUACGAACGGAAUCCUAUCGUACCAGGCGCAUUCACGUUUGGUCAUCCAGGGUAUGGUGGCCAGUUUGUGCACGUGGACCCUGCAAAUCAAUUGGUGUUGGCGUACUUGGCAAACGGUCUGAAGACUGGCACGGGAGAGUUGUGCACCACAUACAUGAGGCUGCUUCGAGCCACGUAUAAUGUUUUGCAGGGACGG